AUGCAUUUGGAUUUGAGCAGCAAUGAAUUGUCUGGGUCAAUACCUUCCAAUUUAGCAAGGCUUACGGCUUUGAAGCUGCUCAAUGUAUCUCACAACAACCUCUCAGGUCACAUCCCGGAAGCAUUCUCAGAUAUGUAUAGUCUAUGCUCCAUUGAUUUCUCUUAUAAUAUGCUAACAGGGCCAAUUCCUUCUGGAGAAGUUUUUCACAACGCAUCUAAGGCUUACGUUGGUAAUGAUGGUUUGUGUGGAGAUGCUGUUGGUCUGCUCCAGUGUGGGUUCAGUCCCUCAGACCAAGGAUCUCACAAGAAACACGCAAUAUUACUUAUCACCAUCACUGUCCCGGUGGCUGGAUGCUCCCUUAUGCUGCUAGUUGCCAUUGCAUUAGCAUGCAGUAGACAACGGACCAGCAAAGUCGCUGAAACUGAAAACUAUUCCUUAGUGUGGGAUAUGGGUCUCAAGUUUAAAUUCACUGAUGUCAUGGAAGCCAUUGAUAACUUCAAUGAAGCCUACUGCAUAGGAAAAGGAAGUUUUGAGGUGGUGUACAAGGCUGAAUUGCCCUCUGGCCAAGUAUUGGCUGUGAAGCGACACCAUUUUUCUGAUGAGAGUGACAUUCAGGAGAACAAUGUAAGAAGUUUCUUGAAUGAGAUCCAAAUUUUGUUGGGAGUGAGGCACCGCAAUAUUGUGAAGUUACACGGAUCUUGCAUGAGGAAAGGUGUGAUGUACUUGGUAUAUGACUAUGUGGAGAGAGGAAGCUUAGGCGAUGUCCUGUACAAUGUGCUUGGGGGAUUGACAUUUGAUUGGGCAAUGAGAGUGAAAGUGAUUCAUGGAGUGGCUCAUGCUUUAGCUUACCUACACAAUGACUGCUCGCCGAGCAUUGUCCAUCGAGAUAUAUCAAUAAAUAAUGUCUUGUUAGAUGAUGAUUUCGAGCCAAAGCUCUGCGAUUUUGGAACUGCUAAGCUGCUGACACAUGAUGCAUCUAGUUGCACUGCUGUUGUGGGCUCCUAUGGUUACAUUGCUCCAGAGCUUGCAUACAUGACCAAGUUCACGGACAAGUGUGAUGUGUAUAGUUUCGGAGUAGUGACACUGGAGGUUAUGAUGGGAAUACAUCCUGGAGAGUUGCUUUUGAAUUUACCAUCAAUGUCAUCAUCCUCUCAAGGAAAUGAUCAACUUCUGAAAGAUGUGUUGGACCACAGGCUGCUCCCUCCCACAGGCCAAUUAGCUGAACAGGUUGUGUUCAUAGUGAAGAUUGCUCUAGCCUGCAUUCAGACCGAUCCGGCGUCAAGGCCUGCAAUGCUUUCCAUAGCUCAAGAGCUGUCAACCAUGCGAAAGUCUUAUUUGUCUGAGCCAUUGGGAACUAUCACCAUAAAAAAUCUCUUACAGGUUUCAAGAAAAGUGGCAAAACCGGAUGAUGGAGUAGUACCUACAGAAGCACAACGGAAGGAACUUGAGGCAUCAAAGUUGAAAGACUUGAAGGCGAAGAAUUAUUUAUUUCAGGCCAUUGAUCGAUCUAUUUUGGAGACGAUUCUUUGCAAAGAAACCUCCAAGGAUAUAUGGGAUUCGAUGAAGAAAAAAUAUCAAGGCUCAUCAGGGGUGAAGCGUGCACAACUUCAAGCCUUGAGAAGGGAUUUUGAAAAUCUACAAAUGAAGGAUGGAGAAUCUAUUAACAACUAUUUUGCAAGAACCAUGGGAUUGGCCAAUAAUAUGCGGUUUCAUGGGGAGAAGAUGGAUGAUGUCACUAUUGUUGAAAAGAUAUUGCGAUCUUUGACAGCAAAAUUUGACUACAUAGUUUGCUCAAUUGAAGAAUCAAAGGACAUAGAUGCACUCUCCAUUGAUGAACUUCAAAGCUCUUUUAUUAGUUCAUGA